GAUACUUCUCAUUUGCAUAGAGGAGCUAUAAAUAAAUGGGCUACGACCACUUCCUUCCCAUUCGGCUUUUCGUUCUCGUGUUGGUGUUUGUUGCUGUGUGACUUCUUUGUGUCGCGAUGCCCGAGCCGGCCAAGUCCGCGCCCGCCCCCAAGAAGGGCUCCAAGAAGGCGGUCACCAAGACCCAGAAGAAGGGCGACAAGAAGCGCAAGAAGAGCCGCAAGGAGAGCUACUCGAUCUACGUGUACAAGGUGCUGAAGCAGGUGCACCCCGACACGGGCAUCUCGUCCAAGGCCAUGGGCAUCAUGAACUCGUUCGUCAACGACAUCUUCGAGCGCAUCGCCGGCGAGGCGUCGCGCCUGGCGCACUACAACAAGCGCUCGACCAUCACGUCGCGGGAGAUCCAGACGGCCGUGCGGCUGCUGCUGCCCGGCGAGCUGGCCAAGCACGCGGUCUCCGAGGGCACCAAGGCGGUCACCAAGUACACCAGCUCCAAGUGAGACUCCAUUCCCUUCCCUCUUCCUCCCCUAAGUCUUUGUCUCGUUUGCACUCUUACCGUUCAUCACAUCCCAAUCAAUACCUCUCCGUUCGGGUUUUAAGAGUUCAUGCAAACCGAAGGAACAAGAGUGCUUUUUUACAUCUCACAUUGCUGACAGAGACUCGUAUCUGUUUUAUUGAUCAUUUAAACUCCAUCAACGGUGUUUUAGCUGCAAUAUCGACAUCAGCCGCUUGAGGGUGCCUCAGUCCCAACUGUUACAGUUGAAGCGAGGUGUGUCCGCGAUGCGUGAGUGUAAAAGAAUUUUGUUAUUUUACACUUUCCAAUCAACUGUCACUAUAGCCCAA